ACAAGGCAUGGGAAGGCUGCAAUGCUCAGAAAACCACGUGUACAUGUAUGCAUGCAUCAUUCAGCGUUACCGGUACGUGUAUGUAUCGUCAUCAACAGGGAGCAAUGGACUUCCCAUUUGGUCUAAUCGGCACUAUUGGAGAAGAUGACAACGUGUCUAUUGACUCUGAAGAAAGUAGUAGUGAUGAAGAGGCUGCCCAACCAAAGAAGGUGACUGGUAAACAGAAGAAGAAAGCUGUGGAUUUUUCUCAGGAUUUUGAGUUCACUAAUUCAUUAUCAGAUGAUGAUGACCCGUGGUCAGCUGACCUCGUCUCUCACGCAUCAUCUCAGAGGGUUUCAACAUCUUUAGAACAGAAAAUAGCAAAGAUAAGAAGAGACAGAAAAAAGAAAGAGGCUGAAGAAAAGGACAAAAAUAAAGAGAAUCAAGGGAAUGAGAAACAGGAAGAUGGCGAUGAUGAUGAUGAAGACGAUGAUGAGGAAGAUGAUGAUGAGGAAGAGGAAGAAGAUGAUGUCCAGGGCUUUGAUGACUUUGCUAAAUGGGACAAGGUUAAGGUCAAGGCAAACAGUGAAAAGAGACUGAAGAGAAAGAAAGGAGAGGAAGAAAAACCAUUCUUUGAGGAACUGAAGGAUGAUAACAAGGCUAUGUCGUUCACAGAGAUGAACCUGUCCAGACCAAUCCUUAGAGCUGUCAGCGGACUCAAUUUUACUGAACCCACUCCCAUCCAGUCAGCCACUAUCCCUGUGGCUCUUCUUGGUAAAGAUGUCUGUGCUUGUGCAGCGACUGGAACAGGUAAAACUGCUGCAUUCAUGCUUCCAGUGAUAGAGCGUCUGUUGUAUAAGCCUAAGCAGGCCCCGGUAACACGGGUCCUCGUCCUGACUCCUACCAGAGAACUCGGCGUUCAGAUCUUCAACGUCACAAGGCAGCUCUGUGAAUUCACUAAUAUUGAAUGCUGUCUUGCUGUUGGUGGUCUGGAUAUCAAACUUCAGGAGGCUGCAUUACGGAAGGGCCCUGAUAUCGUCAUAGCAACACCAGGUCGUUUGAUUGAUCACCUGCAUAACGCUCCAACGUUCAGUCUUAGCAGUGUGGAGGUUCUUAUACUUGAUGAAGCAGACAGGAUGUUGGAUGAGUUCUUUGAAGAACAGAUGAAAGAGAUUAUUAAAAUGUGUUCCGUAGCAAGACAGACCAUGCUCUUUUCUGCAACAAUGACCGACCAGGUCAAUGACCUUGCCAUGGUGUCUUUGAAGAAUCCAGUCAGGAUAUUUGUGAAUGAGAACACGGACGUAGCAUUCAACCUUCAGCAAGAGUUCAUACGAAUCAGAGAGAACAGAGAAGGCGACAGAGAAGCGAUUGUGUCUGCACUCUGUUGCCGAAACUUUCAUGAUCACUGUAUGGUGUUUGUUCAAACCAAGAAGCAAGCUCAUCGGCUGCACAUUAUUCUUGGAUUGCUUGGGAUCAAGGUUGGUGAGCUUCAUGGAGACUUGUCACAAGCCAAGAGAAUGGAGAUGUUGAGGAUGUUUAAAGAAGAUCAGGUAGAUAUAUUGGUGGCUACCGACCUUGCAGCUCGUGGACUCGAUAUCGAAGGUGUAAAAACGGUUAUUAAUUUUACCAUGCCCAAUUCUGAGAAGCACUAUGUGCACAGGGUGGGAAGGACAGCUAGAGCUGGUCGCAGUGGCAGGUCAGUAAGUCUUGCUGGUGAAAAGGAGAGGAAGAUGCUGAAGGAACUCGUCAAGAGAGCCAAAAAUCCUGUCAAGAGCAGGAUCAUACCCCAAGGAGUGGUGACCAAAUACCGGGACAAGAUCGCAUCUGUGGAGGAAGACAUCGAGGAGGUGCUGAGGCUAGAGAAGGAGGAGAAGGAGAUGAGGACUACGGAGCUCCAGCUCCAGAAGACAACGAUGAUGCUCCAUAACCAGAAGGAGCUUCUAAACAAACCCAAGAGAUCCUGGUUCCAGACCCACAAGGAGAGGAUGCAGGAGAAAGCUUCUUUGAGAUUAGAUGCUGGUACCAAGCCUGUUGCUGGUGCUAAGAACAAGACCAAGAAGAAGAAGAAGAGAACAGAAAUGACACCCGAAGAGCGAGUGGAUUUUGAAGUGAUGAAAGCCCAGGAGUAUGCCUUGCGGGUAGCCAAGAGAAAUAGAAAACCAAGGAAGAUUACUGCAUUCCCCGAGGAUGAACCACAGUACAGGACAGGUCCACCACCAAGUAAGCGACAGAAGAAAAACAGAUCACAGCCGAGAACAUCAUUUGAGAAGGAACUGACAAGCACAAGUCGCUCAUCCAUCAAACAAUUCAGGAGCAAAGCGAAUGAAGCUAAAAAGAUGAAGGAGAGAGGGAAGCAACACUCAAAGGGAUCGGGAAAAGGAAAACAACAAUUCAAAGGAAAGCGGAGAUGAGAUCAGAAGAAAGAAAGCUCCCUCUCAAAUUAUGAUCAAAUUAUACUCCAAGACAGAACUUGAUCUCUGAAUUAUCUGUUCUCAUGCAAUUGCCAAUACGUGACAUUAGUUUGAAGAUGCUAUGGUUUGUUGAAUCAUGUUGGUCUGAGUUUCAAGACUAGAAGAGAGGAAUGUGUACUGAAGCUGUUCUACCCCUGAGUAGAGACAGCAAGUUAAAACAUGUUAAUCUUCACUCUAGACCCACUUGUGAAUUUAAGUGUUAAAUAGGCUUUGUGCCUUUAGACUAGCUUGAACUCGCCUCAUGCAUACAUAACAAUAGACUGUGUACAUGCAUAGACUCUUGAUGAUGAUAAUGAAAAGUGUUAGCAUUUCUAUAGUACUGUUAUGAUUAUCAUCAUUGUCUCCACCAUCAGUGUUAAGAGUGCAUUCUCCCUCUUUGUGGAAAAGGAAAGUACAUCUCAAAUGGAAACUUUCCAGGCUUUUAUCUGGGAGUACUAUAUAAAUGAUAGCAGAUGAUUUUUCAUCUCUUGCCUGAUACCCAUUUUCCUUAACUUAGUGUCAUCGUCAUCCUCUGACAUUUAUUUGAAUACUAGGUUUUGAAUGGCAGAGGAUCAGUUGGUGUUUGACUGUUACUAUGGUUAUUGUCAGAGGAAACAGCCUCUCAGUGCUGAUAAGCAGAGGGCCGUCAUGUUCCUUAACCCCCCCCCCCCCCCAGUCUUUAAUGUCCAAGAACAGUAAACCCAUGUCCACCCAAACCCAAAUUUUUUAUCAAAAUCAGGUGUAAAAUUGUGGCAUUUUGAAUUUUCACCUAAUUUCACAGAAUAGUUAUAGCUUAGCAUGGUGGUGUGAGAAUAAUCGAACCAAUGUUGCCACCCACUCUUUUUAUCUUUUGUAUUUUCUCCUCUUUUAUUGUUUGGAAAUGUAAUGUGUAACAGUUUAUCAUUUUAUUCAUUACAAUGUGAAAGAUUGAUUCUUUCUUGAACAUUUGGAAUUUGCCAUUAAUGUUACCUUUUUGUGAUCAAAUGAAAAGCUUCCUUAUCUGUGAAUAUUGAAAUAUUCUAUCAUUUAUAUAAUAAAAUAUAAAAGAAAUGGUGAUACAUAUCCAGUUCUUGAAGUCCAACAAAUGGUUCUUAAAUUAAGUGUCCGUUUUUCAGGUCAGUAUAUGAAAAUUUAUGCAUGCCUUUCUCAGAUCAUGUCAAAUCUUGUUUUAAUUAAUGCUUAAGUUUUGUGAUUUUUAACCUAUUAUAUUCAAGAUAUUCCCUUGUUAAAAAGAUGUGUAUACUAAAUUCAUACUUCAUUUA